AUGACUGAAGACCUGGAGACGAGAACAUACGAAGAACGGUUGCGGGAUUUGAGAAUGGCCAGUCUGGACACAGCUGGAAAGACCUGCGUGCACUGGAAUUACACCAAGGCCUCCCUCCAGGCGCCACCGCUGGACUUCUCCUUCCGGGGCAUCAGCUUCAUGCAAGACCUGCUGACGGAGGAGCCUCGUCCCGGCCUCAGAGCCAUCCUGUGCUCGGAGGGGGGCCGCCUGCUGACCCAGGCCGUGCGGCUGAACAACAACACCCUCAGCGACCUGACGGACUUCCCUGACAUCAUGGAGAAGCUGCUGGAGUAUCCCCUGGACAUCUACUGGAUUGACCUCUCCUUCAACGACCUGCCCAGCAUCGACCCGGUACGCGAAGCCACCACCGGCCGGCCCUUGUAAACUGAUGUCUGUGUGGAUUGGAUUG